AUGCAGGGAGAAGUUCUCCACCUUCAUCGAGCUGCACAUCCUCCAGCCGCCCAGACUCGCGGAGUUCCUGCGACAUUCCUGACGUACGGGUGGAGUUCUCCAACUUCAUUGACCUGCACAUACUCCAGCCGCCCAGACUCGCAGAGUUCCUGUGGCAUUCCUGACGACCAGUCUUCCGAAAUCGGGCUGUCCCUGGAAGAAGAGGGAUGUUCGUCAGCUUCAUGGGACCACACAUAUUCCUGUCUCCCACUAGAGAACAGUCCACUGGAGGCUCAUGCUGAUCAUAGCUACGCCCUUCCUCAAAAUGCUGUUCCUGCUCACGAGUCCAGCGGAGACAUGGCUGACAUGGCGCCGUCGAUUUAUGGACCGUCACCUGAGGACUCUCUCUCUAGCAGUGCCGGUGUACUUUCUCACAGAGCAUCAAGCAAGGCCCGCAGCACUGACAAGAGAAAGAUGGACGCACUGAGGGCCAAGGUACGACAGGUCCGAGAACAAAACAAGAGGCUGCAAAGAAGGCUGCAACGACAGCGUCAGAUGGGGACUGUUGCUGAAGUUGUUGAGAGUGUCCGCAUUCAUGUUUCUCCAGCUGUCGCUGCACUCGUUGAGGCCCAGCUUAGGAUGAGGGAUGUUUGA